AUGGAGUACUUUGAGAAGCAGGCAUUGGAAACUGCCAGGAACCCACUGUCCCUCUGGCUGAGGUACGUGGUUGACACCAUGACAAAAAUCCAUGAAUACGAUAUCCAAGAAUUCACGGACCACAUCAACUCUAUUGACGAACAUAUUAAGUUCACUUCAGAAGAGGAGGAAGAAGGCCGUAUUCCGUUCCUUGACACAUGUGUUCACGUGGCAGAUGAUGGGUCGACGAAAACCACAGUUUACAGGAAACCGACACACACCGACCAAUAUCUGAACUUUCAGUCCAACCACCACCUUGAACACAAACGCUCGGUUGUACGCACCCUACUCCACAGAGCUAAAACCCUUAAAUCAGAAGAAAACGACCAAAAGAAGGAAAUCGAACAUGUGAAAUCCGCUUUAAGAACUAACGGACUACCGAAAAGGAAAGAAAAAGUAAUAGUCAAAGAUAAGGGAACACAAAAGAGACCGAUGGCAGGCAUACCUUACAUCAGGGGCACUUCAGAAGUAUUGGCUAGAGUAUUCAGAAAACAUGGAGCCGACAUCUUCCACAAACCUUUCAAUUCCAUCAGACAGAAUCUCAGCAAAGUUAAAGACAAAACAGACAAAAUGAAGAAAUGUGGUGUCAUAUAUCAUAUCCAAUGUGAGGAUUGUGAAAAUGACUAUGUUGGUGAAACAGCAAGACAAAUAGACACUAGAUUGAAAGAACACCUUACACGAACUUCUUCUGCCAUAUAUGACCAUUGUAAACAAACUGGACACAAGAUCAACCCUAACAACACCAAAGUACUCACUUCCGAAGAACAUCUAUGGAAACGCAAAGUGAAAGAAGCAAUUGAGAUCAAACAGCGGCGGCCAUCACUUAACAGGGACGAGGGACUCGAGCUACCCCGGGUGUUUGACAGUCUCCUCGUAUCACGUGACCCUUCACCGGUCAUGUGAUUGUGACGUCAGUGAAUAAGUGAUCAGCUGAUGAAGAUGUGAUAUCUUCGAAAAUUCCAAGGUAAAUAAACCGGCUCUGAGUCCAAGAAUCUACUCAAGAAUGCAUCAACCAGAGCAGAGAAACCUACAUGAAGUUACGACACGUUUAAACGCGCGGGGGCUGGAAAUGAUCAUUCAAAGGCUGCCUGAUUAUAGGACCUCCUGGCUGGCAAUAAAUAGGAAGUUAUAAUUUUAGGAAGGACUGUAGUCAUAUGUGAGACAUAUUUUUACAUGAAAAAACCUUCACCAGGAAGAACUUUGACCUGUAUGCAUGUACUCAUAAAAACUCAAAGCUUUUAAAAAGAACAAUAUAGUGGACACUGGGUCAAUCCCAACUGUGGAGCGCUCAUAAGAUACUUGGUAGUGGUUCUACCCAGGACCUGGACUCGAGACCGUUACCAGGGCCCUUUCUUGUAAUGUAGCCAG